AUGGUUUUACUACUCGUAACGCAUGUUGUCGAGGUUCCGUCUUCCCGGGUCCCUUUGGCUGUGAUAAUUUUGAAUGAUGCAAUAAAGCGGAAGUCGCUGCCAUCCAACCUCAAGUGUCGCAUGGUCCCAGAAGAGUUCACGUACGGCUUGGCUCUUGAGCUCACCACCUCACGGGCAGCAGACAAGGUGGCCACCAGCGGCAAGAACACGCUGGACCGUCUUAACACGACGGGAGCGCGAGUCAUGGAGACCGUCGUGGAGAAGCUGGAUCGUCUUGACCAGCGUACACAUCUGAUCACUGCUACUCGAGAGGCUACCUCGGCCGCUGUUGGCAAGGUGAAGCAGGCCACGGACAGGGCGCUGGAAAGCGAGGGGGUGCAGAAGUCGCUCGCCAGCAUCAGCAAUGGGCUGCAGACGGCUAGUAAGGGCGUGGGCCGCGCCUUCACCUGGGUCGGUGCCAAAGUGAAGGAGACCUUCCCGGUGGCGCCCGUCCACGGUGCGGCCUAUGCCUCCUUCGGAAGCGAUGGCGCCGUCGUUUCCUCUCCGCCCGCCUACGAAGGAAUGUACGGAACGGAGUCCCCUUUGUACGCGAUGCCUGUCAGUACCAACGCUGCGCGUCCCUCAGCUGACGACGCGGGCGUGCUGGGCGCCUCCACGGCGGGUGGCGCGACAUGGGGCACCAACGCGGGCAGCACGCCGGCGGAGGAGAUGCCGAUGCCGCAUGACUGUGGAGCGGUUGAAGAUGAGUUGCAUGUUUUCGAAGAAUGUCCCGCUUACAAGAGCAUACGGGCUAAGUAUGGUGACCUAGUCCUUACGGGGCGCAGCAUGCGCACCACUAUGACUGAGGCGCCACCCCUGGCAUUGGCCAGAAAGGCCUACACAAGCUUUCUGCUCUUUAUUGCAAGGUUGGACGACGGCACAAGCAGCCCACAACGCUCUCCUGCACAGAGCAGGGGGGAUGAGGUAUGCGGUGAACCGUAUGAGGUUGACUAUUUCGGGCAGAGGGACCUGCGAGACCGUGCAUGGGAGCUCCACGUGCAGGAGCUUAUUGGGCUCUGCAGCUGUGCACGUGGUUCUUGCCAGCGGGCCAAGAGAUGCAGUGCGCUUUGGGCAUUGGGCUUAUUCCCGCCGCAUGUUUUGUGGCCGUAUCCUGGUAUAUGGCAGGGGGCUGACAGGCUGUAUUUAAUGGAACCAGAGGGUGGGUGCCACUCUGUCGUUCGGUGCAAAGCCAGGAGCAUCAAACAAGGAGCAUACUCGCAAUGGUUCAAUUUCAGUCGAAGCAUCUAA